CCACCCCGGCCACGCGCCUUCUUGGACCUCGGGACAGCUUCUGAGCCUGCAGGCGUCCGGCGGAGCGCAGGGUGUGGGUCGCCAUCCCAGCCCCGGCCACCGCCUCCGAGCAGUCGGCGCGGGCCUCCUAGGCUUUAGUCCACAGGGAGGCAGGAUGCAGGGGUGCGGGGGCGCUGCGGCAGGACGCCGGGCCUUCGACAGCAUCUGCCCCAACAGGAUGGUGGAGCUGCGGGGUCGGCCCUUCGGCAAGCCCGGGAAGCUGGAGAGGAAGUUCGGCCCUCCGCGGAAGUUCUUUUGCGGUUGCAGCGGCGGCAGCCGGGUGUCGGUGUACGAGGAUCCCCAGGACGCGGAGCCCGCUACGCUGCCUGCCCUCACCACCAUAGACCUGCAGGACCUCGCAGACUGCUCGUUACUCGGGUCCGACGCGCCGCCUAGUGGUGACUCUGUCGCCUCGCAGAACCAUUCCCUGCAAACGACGGCGGACUUUGAUCUGCAGGAUUUCAGAGACACGGUGGAUGAUCUCAUUGCAGACUCAUCCUCUUUGAUGUCGCCUGCCCUGUCUGCCGGAGACUUCCCUUAUUCUCCUUGCGACGUAUUGCAGUUCGAGCCCUGUCUCUCCGCGCCGCUGGACCCACCCGCCCUACAGUCACCGCCUCUGCGCCCUCCGGACGUGCCUCCGUUGGAGCAGUACUGGAAGGAGGUGGCCGACCAGAAUCAGAGGGCGUUGGGGGACGCGCUCGUUGAGAAUAACCAACUACAUGUGACGCUGACUCAGAAACAGGAGGAGAUCGCUUCGCUCAAGGAGCGGAACGUGCAACUGAAGGAACUUGCCAGUCGAACCCGGCACCUGGCCUCGGUGCUGGAUAAGCUGAUGAUCACGCAGUCUCGGGAUUGCGGGGCGGCAGCGGAGCCCUUCCUACUCAAGGCGACUGCCAAAAGGAGCCUGGAGGAGUUGUUCAGCGCUGCGGGGCAGGACUGCGCGGAAGUGGACGCUAUCCUGAGGGAGAUUUCCCAGCGCUGCGAUGAAGCACUACAGAGCCGCGACCCCAAGAGGCUCCGGCUGCAGCCAGAGCCAGUCAAUAUGGACCGCAGGCCUGGUAACUUGCACGGCGCCUUCCGAGGUCUGCGCACAGACUGCAGCCAGAGCUCGCUGAACCUGAGCCAGAGUGAACUGGAGGAGGGAGGCUCCUUCAGCACCCCCAUCCGCAGCCAUAGCACCAUUCGCACUCUCGCUUUCCCGCAGGGCAAUGCCUUCACCAUUCGGACAGCCAACGGGGGUUACAAAUUUCGCUGGGUUCCCAGUUGAGCUGGGAUGUGGUUUCAAAAACAUUGCCUUGUAUCCUGACUGAAGCACCUGGAGACUAAAUGGGAGUAGCUGAACUAUUUCCUGAACCUGACUUCUCAGAACUCCCCCUGUAGGGAGA